UAAAUUCGCAUCGAUCGUAACGACGACAGUUGUGUACGGAAGAGACAGACCUAGCAACAUAGGGUUAACUAUGAAUAACUCCUGUAUUUUGUCAUAUUUUAUUUCAUAAUUAGUCCUGGAUCAUAUUUAAACCGUAAUAAUGUAAUUUAGAGCACGAAAAUUAACCGGAGAUGACCUUAAAUUGGCGGCAGGAUGAGUACUUCGAGUCGCUGCUGGCGCAGCCCGAGGACCUGGAGGCACACAGGGCGUUGGAGCUGCUGGUGGAUGAUAUCCACAAAGACAAGGAAAAGACCAUCAAUGCUUUCAUCUCUCACUAUGGUUCCGAAGACUUUCUCUGGGGUAUUGUCCGGCUACUGGCUGAAAAGAAUGCAAGAGUCGCUGGGAAUGCUGCCUACAUCUUUGGUACCCUAGCAGAGCAUGACGUAGGUCAACUUCGUGUGAUGUCACUGGUCAAGGGGUCCUCGCCUCAUCACAUACUGACCGAUCUCACUGGGAUGCUCUCCUACGACGAUACAGAGUGUGUCAUGAAUGCUGCUGGAACCAUGGGAACAUUGGCGGAGAGCAAGGCUGGUAGAGACUGGAUGCUGGGUGAUUCAUGCUUAGAUGAUCUGCUGAGAAAGGUUACCAGUCUCCUAUCCUCGUCUAACAUGUGGACCGCUAGCAAUGCAGCUCUUGUUCUUGCCAGGUUAUCGAUAGCAGAGCAGGGAUGUCAGCGCGUGUUGAAUCAUUACAGCUCUCUGCAAAUCUUGACCAAGCUGGUCGAAUCUCUAGGAAUGGACGAAGCAGGAAGGGGGAUGAAUGCAGCAUUUGCCAUUGGACGUCUCUGUGACAUUGAUGAUGGCCGACUGAGAUUGCUGAAUCACAGAGACUCAGAGAAAAUGCUGGAAAGCUUGUGUUGCAUGUUGACCAGUAAAGACUCCGGCUGUGGCAAGAAUGCCUGCUACGCUCUGAGCUGCCUGGCAAGCAGUGACCAGGGUCACAAGCGACUAUUGCUUCACAAGAACUCUGAUCUGAUGCUCCAUCUGCUGGCCCAGCAGCUGAGUAACGACGAUGGAGAGACAGCAUGGUUUGCUGCUAUGACUCUUCGAACUCUGGCUGGAAAGAGACAGGGUGUACUCAGACUCCGAGACCAUACCGAUGUUGUACCACUCCUAAAGCAAAUAUCCCUGACGCCUAGCGUGAACCCUGACCUCUUGGAAGAAGUUGACCUGACCCUUGAACUCUUGAAGCACCUUGCCAGACCCGAAGCUCCUGGGUUAGAGGUCAAAGGUCCCCAUGAGAUAGAGGUCACUUGGCCGGUCGUCGAGUUGAAGAGCGGAUCACCUGUGACAUACACCUUGUUCUGCGAAAGCAAGCAGGUGUAUCAUGGUCCUGACACUGUGCAGCUAGUCUCUAAUCUCAGACCCUUCACCAAGUAUAUCUUCAAGCUUCAGAUACACACCGAGGGCGAUGACAGUCCGCACAGCAACGACUGUGUUGCUAAGACACAGGAUGCAGUUCCCGAUGCUCCAGAGGCAUUGCGUAUCCUGGGUAUAACCACCUCCCAGAUCAGACUAGGAUGGGCCCCGCCCCAGUACAACAACGGCGGCCUCAAGGGAUACGUGGUCUACAACGGCAAGCAUCAGGUGGAAAUGACCUCUGAACUCAACUCCAUCAUCAGCGGCCUGGCUCCAAAAACCACAUAUGAGCUUCAUGUAUGUGCAUGUAAUCAUAAAGGGAAAGGACCUAAAUCCUCUAUAUCUGCAACAACAGAAGAACUUGGGAAGCACGCACCUAGCAAACCAACGCUGACAGCACGUGGGCGGAGUCAAAUCCACGUGACCUGGGCCCCGCCCGAUUACCCUUAGGGAGGAUAUACCGGUUUGAAGUCACUAUGAACGGUAAAGUGGUUUACUCGGGGCGAGAGCUGAGCUUCACCGUCAAGAAUCUCACUCCUAAUACUGAGUAUACCUUUACGGUGAUCGCUGUGACCAGUGAAGGCAAAUGUGAGAGUGACCCGGUGAAGAAGAAAACUGGAAAGGAUGAAUAUAACGUCCAGUCUACAGCACCAGUCUUCUUCUCUCACCCAACCAAAAACUCCUUAGAAGCAAAGCCAAGCAACAAACCCACAGAAAGAUCACAUCCUCGAUCUCUUUCAAGGCACAGUAAGAAGAGAGAACAUCAUUUGAAGCCAGGGAGUU